ACGUAGUUUGAGAUCAUUCUAAGCUACUGGAAGAGGAAAAUGGGCAUUGAAAAUCAUCAACUUUCACAAGCACGCCGGCAGAAAUGGGUAUUACCCCUCUCUCUCGGCCUUCUCCUCGUCUACCUUGUUCCCCUCGCUUAUGCUGCUACCGAACAUGGCACGGCCGCACGUUACGGUUACAACACACCGUAUACACCAACGAGGUGUUAUUACGAAGACACAACGGCUUUCCCAGCAAACAACCUAUAUGCGGCAGCUGGGGAAGGAAUAUGGAACCAUGGGAGAGCUUGUGGGAAGCAGUACAAAGUGACUUGCAUAAGUGCAGCUGCCCCUAACACUUGUAUUCCAGGCACCACCAUCACGGUCAAAAUCGUUGACCGAGCAAGCACCGCCGUGUACCACCCCUCGACUACCGGGACCACCCUUGUCCUCUCUACUGCCGCCUUUAAUCAGCUUGUUAAGCCCUUUACUGCCACCUCGAUUAACGUUCAAUUCGAGCAGGUAGCAUGAUGUCAUUAGAGAAUACAGAGUACUGGAGGAGUGAACAUCCAUCACUAGAUUACCAUAGCUUACGUACUGCCAGAUAUGAAUGAAUAUUUCAAAUUUUCAACAAAAGUUUACAUAUAAAAUAUAGCUUAUUA